GUUUUGUGUGGUGCGCAUUUUACACCUGAAAGCUAUUCGAACUGUGGACAAAUGAAAUCAGGUUUUGCUAAGAAAUUGCUGCUGAAAGCAGAUGCGGUGCCCACCAUACACGCGCAUCCACCUAAAUGUCCCGAGAUAUCAAGAAAGAGGACGAUGAUUGGCUCUGAUGAGACCACCCCAGGCUAACCAAAGGAGCGGCGCAGCCAAGCUCGAAAUGGCCAGAGUGAGUACUCUUUUAUAAUAAAAAACAUAUCACGCAUUGGAUACAGGACUGGACACAUGUGUAAAUGAUCACUCGUAAAAUAUAUCGAACAAAACCUCUAAUCCCAUUCUUAUUUGUGUCUGUUGGCAGAGCGAAAACCUAUGACAGCACAAUAAAUGAUAAUUAUUCUAUUAUUCUAUACAUGACUUUAUUUUGCGGUCACGGUGUAUCAGCUUCACAAAAAGAAAUGCAAAACAAACCAUUCGGUGUUUCCCAAACGAUCUGUUGCCGGUAUUUCAUCAGUGCGAUUGCUCCCCUCAAUGAUCCUUUCAUUAGGCUGCAUUGGCUUUCGUUUGGGCUCAAAUUGAUAACCCAAAACACCAAAGAAAGGUUCAUAGCUCUCCUCGUCACCAUUAGAAGAACGUUCGUUACGUCGGAUUCGUCGCUGCAACUAGAAACAAAAUUGUCCGCCGUCGUCGCCGCCAUUCAGUAGUAAGCACUGAGCCGGUUGUUUCCUUGUUGUGACGUCACGCCCACAAUAUGCUAGAUUUCCGUGAUCUCGGGCGCCGGUCGUUUUAGCUUGACAAUCGAUCCAAAUUUCUAUCAUUUUCUUGGUGUUGCGAUGUGUGUAAUUACACCGAGUGGCAUGAUAUGAAUCCAAAAUGCAUGCGUUUAUGGAUAAAUGAUGGAAUAUUAGCAUUUCCCCAGGUGUUGUCAUACCCUUUAAAAGCCUACAACAGGGCGCUUCGAAGCAGCAGCAAAGCCGACGCCACAGUCGCGUCGGACAUUUCAGCGCUCGCUCUCGUGUCUUCCCUCGGUAAAGCGCGUGCACUCGAAAUUGACAAUAUGGUCAUCUAAAUCGGGCGGUGCUCUAGGGCAACUCGCUCGGAGAACGACUUCCCGUGUAGGAAGCGGUAAUGUCGGGUUGGGCCAAGGCAAGAAGUUGGAAGAUAUUCCAGCACGGUGCAUAAGUGCUGCUUCAACUGGAAAAACAACGGUGACACUGUGACUUGGAGUACACCCACGCUGAAGUUAAUUGUCCAAUGGCAACCCGCCAAGCCUCGCCCCUGCAUUCUACUCUGAAUAGAAGUGAGUACGGUCCCCUCGUCCGUCAUGCGUGGCUGCCUGUUGGUCAUUUGGCUUCUGGCGUGCGGUUGCCAGGCGUUAAACUACACGGGCACAGCAGUCACUUACCACCACCAGAAAAACCUUACCGAUAAGGUGGUCGUUCGCUACAAACUGGGAUUCAGCAGCUGCCUCAGCUUCUUCCAAUUGAACUGUUCGACAGAGGCGUGCGGGGUGGACGUGGUGUCUGUGAAAAGAGUGGACCAAAACAUCGGAGAAUGGUGUCAGGAAGAAGUCGUCGCGCACGUGAGCACGGGCGAAUCCGCACCAAUUAAGCUGGGCUUGAACGGCCUCCGGUGGAUCCCGUGGCUUGCCAACAACGUCACAGAGGUGAUGGCGGUGUCAAAAAUUGAAUUUAGUGAAAGGUCUGACACUCGACAGCCAAACGUGUCCCCCCGGACCACCGUGCUGCCUGUUGUCAGGGUCCCCAGUGGCUGCGCUGUGAAAGCUAAACUGCCCACGUUUGACCCAGAUGGCGAUAGGGUCAAGUGUUUUGCAUUACGCAGUGACAAUAACCCGUCAUUUCUUCAUCUCAAAGAAGAUUGUUCUAUGACCAUCGGCGCCAGCUACAAAGAGGCCUCGUACGCCGUACAGCUACAUAUGCAGGACAUCGUUCGCGAGGACAUUUACCUGACGAACAGCAACGAGAACGGGGGGCAUAUUCCGCAAGAUGAGCCAAUCAGCGAUGUAGCCAUCCAGUUUGUGCUGAGGGUGGGUCCUCCUGUGGGGAGUUGCAAUGAGGGAGACUACCUGCCAUACUUUGUGGAUCCUACACCACAGGACGGGGAUCAUCUAUACGCCAGUGUAAACAAGAAACUGGAAAUUCGCAUCAAUGCAACGGCAGAGAAAUCCAACAUCACAGGGCUGCUGUUCAGCGGUCCGGCCGGAAUACAGAAGUCGUACUCUGACGACGGCAGCUUCCUUCUGGCGUAUACGCCGAGUCCAAUCGACGCGGCCCAGCGUCACGCUCUCUGCUUCGUCGUUCAAGCGUUUGCAAACACUACAGGAAACGCUUCCCUCGCUGAACUUCACUCGCCGAUGCGUUGCGUCAUCAUCGUAGUUGAUCACACUCUUUUCGCCUUGGAGGCCACCUUCAGGCUCAGAACCUUCAAUGCCAUGCAGGAUAUCAAUAACGUGGCUUUACCACAGUUGAAGAAGGAGCUCGUGUUGCAGGGUCUCCCGCCUGACAUCUCAUUGAGAGUGGUCAAGUUCCAAGAGAGGCAUCUAAACAUCACAGACUCGGGUUUUUAAAAGUUCAAAUGAUCACUUGAAGGAAACUGUAUGAACAACAAAAAAAUCAUACAUGAUAUUAGUAAUUUGUGAACUGUGUGAUUGCUACAGGCCUGUUUUGCGCGUCAAGUUAGGCCGUGGCUAGUUUAUGGCCAACCAGAGAAUGCUUAAAUGUGACAUUGUCAGACAUUUUACUUUGCUUUGUUAAAUGUACUUGAUAUAAAACUGUAUUUUAAAUGUGUGAAGCACUUUCAGAGUCCCUACCGUGCCGUAAUAUACAAAUGUAAACAAAGAAGUUACAGUGCUACUGGCACUCAAGCUGUCAUGACAUGCUUGCAUGAGGGAAUGUUGUGUCAUUUUUUCACCCCACGCUGUACUUUCCCAGUUUCCUGGUAAGGGCUCAUUAAAAUGACGAUUC